CUCGGCAUUCGCCUGCCCCGGACCCCACGUCCGUCCCAAGGCUGCUCGAAGGCGGGGCGGGGCCGGGUGUGCACGCCCGCUUCGCCCCCGGAGGGUCCCCUCUCACCCUCGCGGGGCUCCGGGCGGGGCCGAGCGCGUUCACGAGGGGUCCGGGCGGGUUCCCGCAGGCGGGGCCGCGCGGCCUCGGGCCACGCCCAUCGCAGCCGGGGGCGGGGCCUGCGCGCCACGUGACGGCGGCGCCGAGCGGCGAGCGCCCCGCCCCGCGGGAGGAGGCCCGGGCUGCGACCGGGUCCGCGCGCUGCUGGAGCUGCACGGCCGCCGGCGCGCUCCGCACCCGCGGCCCCUCGCCCGCUGGCCCCGGGCUCGCCGGCUGCGGGAGCGGCUUCAAGAUGGACGAAGACGGCGGCGGCGGCGGCGGCGGCGGCGGCGAGGGCGGCGGCGUGCCUGAAGACCUCUCAUUAGAAGAGAGAGAAGAACUUUUAGACAUUCGUCGAAGAAAAAAGGAACUUAUUGAUGACAUCGAGAGGCUGAAAUAUGAAAUCGCGGAAGUGAUGACGGAGAUCGACAACCUCACGUCCGUGGAGGAGAGCAAAACUACUCAGAGGAACAAGCAGAUAGCCAUGGGAAGGAAGAAAUUCAACAUGGAUCCCAAGAAGGGAAUUCAGUUUCUAAUAGAGAACGACCUGCUGCAGUGCUCCCCGGAGGACGUGGCCCAGUUCUUGUAUAAAGGGGAAGGCCUGAAUAAGACGGUGAUCGGGGACUACCUGGGUGAAAGGGAUGAAUUUAACAUCAAGGUUCUUCAAGCCUUUGUGGAACUCCACGAGUUUGCCGAUCUCAACCUUGUACAAGCCUUAAGGCAGUUCCUGUGGAGCUUCAGACUCCCGGGCGAGGCGCAGAAGAUCGACCGCAUGAUGGAAGCGUUCGCGGCUCGCUACUGCCUGUGCAACCCCGGCGUCUUCCAGUCCACGGAUACGUGCUACGUGCUGUCCUUCGCCAUCAUCAUGCUCAACACCAGCCUUCACAACCACAACGUGCGCGACAAGCCCACAGCCGAGCGCUUUGUCACCAUGAACCGCGGCAUCAACGAGGGCGGGGACCUCCCUGAGGAGCUGCUACGGAACCUGUACGAAAGCAUCAAGAACGAGCCGUUUAAGAUUCCCGAGGACGAUGGCAACGACCUGACGCACACGUUCUUCAACCCGGACCGGGAGGGCUGGCUCCUGAAGCUGGGGGGGCGCGUGAAAACCUGGAAGCGGCGCUGGUUCAUCCUCACCGACAACUGCCUUUAUUACUUUGAAUACACGACGGAUAAGGAGCCCCGGGGAAUCAUCCCGCUGGAGAACCUGAGCAUCCGGGAGGUGGAAGACCCGCGGAAACCCAACUGUUUCGAGCUUUAUAACCCGAGCCACAAAGGGCAGGUCAUCAAAGCCUGUAAGACGGAGGCGGACGGCCGGGUGGUGGAGGGCAACCACGUGGUGUACCGCAUCUCGGCGCCCAGCCCCGAGGAGAAGGAGGAGUGGAUGAAGUCCAUCCGAGCGAGUAUCAGCAGGGAUCCUUUCUAUGACAUGUUGGCCACGAGGAAAAGGAGGAUUGCCAAUAAGAAAUAGAGCUUUCCUGGCCUGAGCAGCAGGUAAAAGUAAACUCAAACCCCGCAGCAAAGAGUGACUGGGGGCCUCCCCGCAACACCCUGGACCCGCGGCCUGGCUCCUCAGGGACGGCGGCCCCCGCUGGUCUCGAGGGGCCUCACGUCGUCCCUUCCCGCUGCCCUCCCAGCGCCGAGCGCAUCCUUCUCGAAGUCUCGUCCAGCAGCUGCGCCUGGUGGUUCAUACGUGAAAAUCCGCGUGGCAGACGCGGGGUCACACGUGUUCCUUUGUGGCGGUGUUCGCCAUUCUGGAAGCCGCUGUUUUGUAUCAUAACAGGAAAGGAAAAGCUACCAGUUUUUUAUUGUUUUUUUUCUCAGAUAUAUAGGAUUAUAGCUUUUAUAUGCCUUUUUAUAUUCUCAAAUUAUAAUGAAAGAUACUUUCUAACAGUAGUAUUUUUAGAAUGGCAGCUAUAAAUUUAACUUCUGGACACAAGAAUAUACUGUGCACUGAGAACAAUUACAUGUGUACACGUAUGCAGUCCCCGGGGGGCUGGGGGGCGCCCCGCCCGUGGGGGGCGCCCAGGGGAGCUCCUGGUGGAGGGAGGCGCACGUGUCCUUGACAGCCAGCACUGGGCGGGGCGGGGCGGAGUCCAGUCCUCUGGGACCGUUCAGCUCAGACUUUGUGGUCCCACAGAUACUUUCUAAAGAGGCAAAUUGUUAAAAUAUAAAUUUCGGUUUGGGGCAUUUGUCCUGUAACUUCUGAAUCCCAGGAUAGACAGCGUAUAUGUUGGACCACAUGAAACUUCUCAUGUUUGACCGUUUCUGACGCCCACAAACAGCAGUGUCCUGUGGUCCAGCUGAAUACGUGGUUCAGACCAGCUGUGACCACUGUCUUCACUACUUGUUGGCAAAACGAAUGCUUAGAAUAAUUUGACCACAUUUCUUAACGUAAUGAGUAGACCUAUAAGGAGAUAGGGAUAACCUUAUUUCAUGUUUUCAGAGAUUUGAUCUUUCGUUAUGGGGAGGGAAAAGAGCAGGCGGCGGGGUGGGGAUGAAGAAGUGGAGCGCUUAGGCUUUUCUGUAAAUAGUUUAAAACCCCAAACGUGCACUGGUGACGGGACUGCUGAAGAUCGCCGACCAGGAGGUUGUCAGGUUGCUGGUGGCUGAAUGAGAGAGAGGUGCUCAGUCAUGUGCUGAGGGCAGGCUGGAGCUGGGCCCCAGCACGUCGCAGAACUGGCCCAAGGGUGCACAGGUGGGCCGGCCGAGAGGCGCUGGGUGCUGGGACAUUUGGGGCUGGUGACAGAUGCCUUUUUAUUGGGAGCUUUAUUUCCGCCGCCAGGACCCCUGCAUGUACUACAUAGGACCCCCUUGCCCACAGGGGCCGUUCCAGUGGAGGGUCCCUCCCCUGCAGGACCUCCUUUCCCUGCGCCAGCCGCGAAAGCACUCCCUCCGCUUGCACACUUGAGAGGUCAUCACCUCUCCUGUGCAAAAGCAGAGUCCGAGAGUGGCAACCGCAGGCUGUACGCACUUACGUGGAGAUGUAAAGAGCAGAAGGAACCGUUCCUGGGAGCUGCCUUGAUGCUGAGACUGAACGGCUAUGGGCCUUUGGCCUCGGUGCAGCUGACCUUGUAGCGCUAAGUCACACCAGACUGCGAAAGGGUCUGCACCCAGGACUCUCCAACAUGCAUCAAACUGAUUUUUUUGGUUCAUUCCCAAGCUUUUAGGCUUUGCUACUGUACUGAUACCUCAGAUUGGACCCUGUAGUUUUGAGAAAGGCAAGUCAGCAUUCCUGAAGCGCGUGACUGGCGUAUAUGCAACUCUGGCCCCAGUCUUCCGUGAAAAGGGACGCUGCCCAGACCACCAGACCAAACACUGCUGGCUGACGACGACCUGGCAGCGCCCUCCCCUCGGGCUGGCCCUGUGCCCGGGCUGCUUGGGGCGCGGGCUCCAUCAGGAUUUUGUGUGGAAUAACCUGUCUCUCCUUUGUCUGACCCAGGUAGGACCCUGGGGAUACAGGGCUUUCUGUCUUUCGGGUGUGCCUCAGGGUGGGGCUGGGAGAAGUGAGCAUAAGGAAACACCUGGAAGAAAUCUGUUCCUCUGGCCACCUGUGAAGGAGCCUUGCCUGAGGCCUUUUUGCCCAGAAUGAUGCAGAAGGCCAUGGUGCUCAGAAUCUGUGUCACUUGCCCUCGGGAGUAUUACGUGAAAUCGUGUAACUCCAGGUUUUGUGUGACAGUGUUAACCUGAUGGGGCUGUGGGGUGGGGCCCGGCUGCCUGGACCUCAGCGUGGUCCCCCGUUCAUCCCCCUCCCCACCCCCCUGUCUGCGCUCAGUGCUUGAAUUGUCAGUCCCAACUCUGGCCAAAGAGCUCUCCUCCAGAGACGGAGGGCAGGAGGCAGGGAAGGGGGUCGCUGGGCGGGAGACGGCGGCUUACACGGCCCCACCAGCCCCCACUAACAUGUGGGGUUUAAUUGGCCCACCCUGGACCCAGACAAGCAAGUGUCUUCAGGAUCACGGAACAGUGUUGAGCAGUUUAAUGUGGUACCAGGUUGAGUCCAAAUAGGAGCUGUUUAUAGAUGAAGCAGCAUUUAAUGCUGCAUAUAAAGCAAUGCAUAUUUUUCAAGUUAAAAUGCAUAUAUCUACAUAGAUGUGCUUUGCUGAGAAGUUAGGUCUGUUGUAGACCAGAAACCACACAUUGUGAUUUCUUGUUUUAUUUUUUUCUUAGAAAACAUUUCUAUUUACAGUAAAUAGAGUUAAUAUGUAAAUAAUGUACAUAUAUAAUAUGACUUCUGGAGUGUUAUUCAGUGUAUAUACUCCAACUUGCAUGAAGAAAUACCCUAUAUCUAUUAUUGAUAUUUUGUUGUAAAGUGGAUGGUGAAGUUGGAGAGUGAAUGGCUGUCAAAUUGCAAAUACUGUGUUGGUUAAAUAAAGACGCACUGUUAAAACAA